CACAGACCUUUUACAAUAAAAGGGUCAGAAGAAGACGACUGCAGGACAGGGAUGUUGAAGGCCACGAUGUAACAGUGACAAGCAGUAGUGCGCGUCGGCUAUCGUACCACAGUUCAGCCAGCGGAACAUCUACCCACAGCCACACCCCAGCGUCACCAACAAUGACACCGCCCACAACUGCCACGCCGAUGACA